AUGGCGAAGGUCGACCAGAAGGCUGUUCUGAUCGUCAUUGACGGAUGGGGCAUUCCUUCUGAAAAGUCGCCUCCAGAAGGCGAUGCCAUCGCCGCAGCCGAGACUCCUGUCAUGGAUGGUUUUGCAAAAGAGGGUUCUCAGACCGCGCAAGGUUAUACCGAACUGGACGCCUCUGGGCUCGCGGUCGGCUUACCCGAGGGUCUCAUGGGCAAUUCUGAGGUCGGCCAUCUCAAUAUUGGCGCAGGCAGAGUGGUCUGGCAAGAUGUGGUCCGGAUUGACCAGACAAUCAAGAAUGGGAAAAUGAACAAGGUCGAAAACGUGGUCAAGUCCUUUAAGAGAGCUGUCGACGGCAAUGGAAGGCUCCAUCUUCUCGGUCUGGUUAGUGAUGGAGGUGUCCACAGCCACAUCAACCAUCUCUUCUCUCUGCUCGAGGUCGCCAAAGAGCUCAAAGUCCCAAAGGUGUUCAUACACUUCUUCGGUGAUGGCAGAGAUACCGACCCCAAGAGUGCCGCCGUCUACAUGCAACAACUGCUAGACAAGUUGCAAGAGCUAGGAGUGGGCGAAUUGGCUACGGUCGUUGGUCGCUACUACAUCAUGGAUCGUGACAAGAGGUGGGAUCGUGUGGAGAUUGGCAUGAAGGGUGUAGUCACAGGCGAAGGAGAGGAGUCAUCCGACCCCGUCGCCACGAUCAAGGCCCGCUACGAGAAGGGGGAAAACGACGAGUUCCUGAAGCCAAUCAUCGUAGGUGGGGACGAACGAAGAGUCAAGGAUGGCGACACUCUGUUCUUCUUCAACUACCGCUCUGACCGGGUCAGAGAGAUCACCCAACUCCUAGGAGACUACGACCGAUCGCCCAAGCCCGACUUCCCCUACCCAAAGGAUAUCCAGAUCACGACCAUGACCCAAUACAAGACCGACUAUCCCUUCCCCGUCGCCUUCCCACCCCAGCACAUGGGCAAUGUCUUGGCUGAAUGGCUAGGCAAGAAAGGUGUCAAGCAGUGUCACGUCGCCGAGACCGAGAAGUAUGCACACGUGACCUUCUUUUUCAACGGUGGAGUCGAGAAGCAGUUCGAAGGAGAAGAACGGGAGAUGAUUCCCAGCCCCAGGGUGGCAACUUACGACUUGGAACCUCCUAUGAGUGCCCAGAAAGUGGCGGACAAGCUUAGUGAGAGGAUAUCCACCAAGAAGUUCGAGUUCCUCAUGAACAACUUUGCCCCUCCGGACAUGGUCGGCCACACGGGGGUCUAUGAAGCCGCCAUCAAAGCUGUUACCGCCACAGACGCCGCCAUUAAGACUGUGUAUGAAACCUGCAAGAAGGAGGGCUACAUCCUCUUCGUCACCGCUGAUCACGGCAAUGCCGAGGAAAUGCUGACCGAGGAGGGCACCCCCAAGACCUCCCAUACUACCAACAAGGUGCCGUUCGUGAUGGCCAAUGCACCGGAAGGAUGGACCUUGAAGAAAGAGAACGGCGUCCUUGGGGAUGUGGCACCAACAGUCCUGGCGGCCAUGGGCCUGGACCAACCUGAAGAGAUGACGGGGACGAGUUUGCUGAUCAAGAAGUAA